UGUUCGCCCUAGUUUGAUAAAUCGAGCUCUUUUAAUCUGCAUAAGCCCGGGUAUUAGGGCUAUGUAUUUUAACAGAUUAUUUAGCACAUAUACUUAAGCUAAAAUAAAUUCCAUGAACUUCUUUAUUCUUUUUUUCUACAUGGAUCUGCCUUUAAAGACCUACAGUUUGGAAUAUGUUAAAAUCUUGCUUUUAAAGCAAAGGCAUCUAACUUACAAGGGGUUAAUUCAUUUUUUGUUUCAUCAACUGGUCCUUGUGGUCAUGGUCUGUGUGUUAGCAGAAAUGCUUCACACAGCACUUUCUACAGAGUUAAGUUACAGCAGACUUGCAGCCAGACCUCUCCUGCUUCUCUAAUACAGUGGAGAAUGUGCCACCAUCGAACUGAUCUGAACUUGGGUUUGUAACAAAAGCGGUGACUAUUAAAGGUAUGAAGAUGACAUCAAAUCACUGGACACUGACUUAUUUUAUUAAAAAUGGUAAACUUUAUAGUUCGUGGACCUUACUUCCUGAGUUUUGCUAAAAUCCUAUGAAAUGUUGGAAUUUUUUACUUCAUCAUGAGUUAUGCCCAGCAAACAAUUGAAUUGUUUUGAGUAUGAACACCUUCGCCAAUGGCGAGCAGACUAACAAACUUAAACCUUGUUUGGAUUUAUUGACGUGAGGUAGAUAUGACUGGAGUUAAGUUUACGGUGUGAAGAACAGGCUUCUCCAUGUAAUGAGUUAAUACAUUGACCUGGGCCUUUCACCAUUUUUUUAAGAGAAUGCCCAGGAGAGGGUUGCUUCUUCAAGCCAGGGCCAGAUGGUUUCUGGUUGGGCUUGCACUGAUUUUUAGUUUAAUGCUUCUCAUGUACCUUUUGGAGUGUGCCCCUGCACCUGAAGGGAAUGGCUCUCUCCCUGGUAUCGCUGUAGAGACUUAUGGCAAGGAAUACUAUCAGGCUCUCCUCCAGGAGCAGGAGGAACAUUACAAAAGCCGUGCAAGCAGUCUAAAACGACAGAUAGCUCAACUCAAACAGGAACUCCAAGAGAUGACUGAGAAGCUAAGAUUAGCACAUGAGAAGAAGCUUUCUGUUGGCAAUGGAGCAGGCCACCAAGGUACCAAAGAACAACCUUCUAAUGAUCUCCUAGAGUUUUUGCACUCACAGAUUGACAAAGCAGAAGUUUCUGUAGGUGCCAAACUACCUAGUGAAUACGCUGUGGUUCCUUUUGAGAGCUUUAAUUCUAUGAAGGUUUACCAACUGGAGAUGGGGUUGACACGUCAUCCUGAAGAAAAGCCCAUAAGGAAAGACCGUAGAGAUGAACUGGUCGAGGUCAUAGAAGCUGGCCUUGAAGUUCUUAAUAACCCUGAUGAAGAUGACGAAGAUCAGGACAACAGAGGAGAUAAGCUGUUAUACACUGAAACAGAUUUUGUAGAAGGUUAUUAUCGUACAGAGAGAGACAAGGGUUCUCAUUACGAGCUGUUCUACAAGAAGCCGGACUCUGCAGAUUAUCACCAUAUCACGCUAUUCCGGCCAUUUGGACCUCUGAUGAAAGUAAAGGUGGAGACACAUGAUGUCUCAAAGACCAUAAUAAACUUCAUCGUCCCCCUCUCUGGGCGCACUGAGGCAUUUUCACAGUUCAUGCAAAACUAUAGGGAUGUUUGUAUCUAUCAAGAUAAAAGGACAUACUUGACUGUGGUCUACUUUGGAGAAGAAGGUCUCUCAGAGGUCAAGGAUAUCUUGAAGAUGACAGAAAGUGAAACCAGCUUCCAUAACUACUCUCUGAUCCCCUUGAAGGAGGAGUUUAGCAGGGGGCGGGGCUUGGAGGUUGGCGCCCAGGCGUGGGAGAAGGGUGAUGUGCUGCUCUUCUUCUGUGAUGUUGAUAUAUAUUUCACACCUGGGUUUAUUGACACUUGUAGACUGAACACAGAUCCUGGUAAAAAGGUUUUCUACCCAGUGGUGUUCAGCCUGUACAAUCCAGCUAUAGUAUACGCCAACCAAGAGGUUCCUCCCCCAAUUGAGCAACAACUGGUUCACAAGAAGGAUUCAGGAUUCUGGCGAGAUUUUGGCUUUGGUAUGACUUGUCAAUAUAGGUCAGAUUUCCUGGCUAUCGGAGGGUUUGAUCUGGAAGUCAGAGGAUGGGGAGGAGAGGAUGUUCACCUGUAUAGGAAGUAUCUCCAUGGAGAUCUGAUUGUAGUUCGCACUCCUGUGCCCGGCCUUUUCCAUUUGUGGCACGAGAAGCACUGUGUAGAUGAGCUUACCCCAGAGCAAUACCGCAUGUGUAUCCAGUCCAAAGCCAUGAAUGAGGCCUCGCACCCACACUUAGGCAUGCUAGUCUUCCGAGAGGAGAUAGAGACUCAUUUACGCAAACAAGCCUUCCGAACUGACAAUGAGCCAGAGGCCUGAGAAUCCGAAUGCAACAUUUUUUAAGCACACUGGAAUCUGGGCCUAGGAUCGUAAAGUUUCUCAGGAAGGAAUUUCUAACAAGUAAUUUCAGUAACCCAGAAAGUAUCUUACGCAGGAUUUCACGCCUCAAUGUAGGAGGAAAAAAGCUGCGCUUUAGCUCCCUGUAGUCUGCUGCAGGAAUGGCUGGACAAGUAUAAACAUGGCUCUAAUUUUACAGAUGUGUAUAUAAUCAGUGCCACACCUAACCUCAUCAGAGGAGAAAGAGUUAUGUAGGACAGUAGAGCCAUACAUUGUUAGUUCUAUGACUUGCAUACUAACCUAUGCCAGGUAGGUUGGAAUCUGAUGAUGUUUUUUAUGGAUUGUAUGUAUGUAAUUAGGAUGUAUUCUUAACUGGAACAACUGAAGGGAACAUAAGUAUCUGGGAGAAGUUCUGGAAUAGCCGUAACAAAAAAACUUUAAGUAUCUUAUAUAAUGGUAGACUAUCGGUUAGAAUCUGGCAUUUCUACUACAGUAGAAAGAUUAUUCAAGAGUUCUCCCCUGAGGCUCUGCUGAUGGAGAAAAACAAUAAUUAAAACAGAAUAUCCUUUGGACGUUUUAUUCUUUUUCAGAAAAAUAUAAAUAUGAGGCUCAGUGAUUUAUAAUGUACUAGAUUUUCCAACACUGGUUAGAGGUGUCUGUAUUAAAGAAUGGAGUAAAGCCAUUGGUCAACUGUUGAAAGGGAAAAGUGACAGCGUGUGGGGUGUAUUCAAUUUGUUGCCUUUAAUACCAGGGUUAUAGAAGUUUGUGAACUUUAGGCUAGGUUUUUUUUAUAGAUAUGAUCACAAUCUUGUAGAAUGUAUGAGUUGUGUAUAGCAUGACAGCCCAUAGAUAAAGCACAAAUUGUAUUUUACCCCCUAAGAUACUUGGGGUCUUAAUGCAUCUCACACCAAUUUGUAAUGACCUUUUGGAAAUUUAAGGGAUUUUUAUUCAACUCAAAAUUGAUAAAAUAGAUAAUUCAAUACAAUAUUUAACAAAGGGAAUUUAUUACAUGAGUCUGCAACAUCAUUUUUUUUAAAACUUUGGUAAGAAGUUAAGCCCAAGAAAUUAAAAUAUUAUUUGUUAAGCCUGAUCAUGUGACUGCUCUGUAAUAUACACUGUUUGUUGUUUGAUUUAAGAUAUUCAUUUUGUGAUAAUGAUAUUUAUUACAGUCCCUCACUCUUCUGUUCGGUAUCUUCCACACUCAAUGUUCAGCAAUAAGGUACUAAGAGUAUAAAGUUAGUUUACCAAUAAAAUCAGUAUUAAGCACAAAACAAACUGAAAAUAAUACGUGGCGAAGGUAAGGAUUUAAAUUUCCUUGGCUUUUUUUUCUUUUUGAUUUUUUUUUUUUUUUUAGUUAAUGUAACACUUUUGCUAUGAGAGACAUCAAGCAUUUUAUGUUGUUGGCUCUGACAGCAAAAGUGUUAAUCAUUCACCAAAGAGCUUUUGCUACCAAGUAGAUAGAUGUAGUAGAAAACACGCUAAGACAAGACUAGUUUAUUCUAUGUUGCCACAAGUCAUUAAACUAAUAAAAUUAUUUUUUGGUAACAAA